AUGGCCACCCUAUCCCAAGCUCAAGCCCAAUCGACACCGAAAGUACUGGUGUACACCGCAACAGCCGGAUACAGACAUGAUUCCAUACCUACCGCUAUAGAAGUCUUGGGUGACAAUGCGCAGAAGUAUGGAGUAGAAUUCACUUUCUCAGAGGAUAAGAGUUUAUUUACGGACGAGAAUCUGGCGACCUAUGAUGGUGUGAUGUUUGUCUCGAACUCGGAUGAAGUCCUGGACUCUUCAGGUCAAGAGGCAUUACAGAAAUUCUUCCAAUCUGGUGGGGUGUAUACGGGUGUGCAUGCAGCUUCGGCAUGUCUAUUCAAUGAUACUAAUUACCAGCAGGCAGUAGGAGCCUUAUUCGAUUAUCAUCCCCCUAUACAAGAUGCUACUUUCACAAGAUUGAACGAUUCUCAUCCUGCUACGGCCGACGUACCGGAUAGAUGGAGUUUUCAAGAAGAGGUAUAUUAUUUCCGAUCGGAUCCCAGAGAUAACGGCGCCGUGGUCAUAAUGUCAGUAGAUGAAACUAGUUACGUUGACAACGGCACCUCGACAGGCGAUUACCCUUCAAUGGGUGACCCUCAUCCUAUAGCAUGGUACAUUGAUCAGCCGUUGUCUUCUCAACCUCUCGCUGAAGGCGUAAGCAAACCCGGUAGAUCAUUCUACACUUCUUUAGGUCAUCUCAACUCGACAUGGCAAAAUGAAACAUUUAUCAAUCACGUGAUGGCAGGUCUCAAGUGGGCCUUGGAUGGGGGAUCGACCAAAGCGUAUGGCGUCGGGCUCGUCGGCAAUGGAGGUGGAUCCAACUCUACUUCUGCUGCAGGAGGUAGUUCAGCUACAUCCAGUGGUCAAUCAGCUUCUUCCACGACGGGCGGAGGAAGUGCUACCUCCAGUGCGGGAGGUUCUGCAAGUUCCGCUGCUAGUUCGGGUGCUACAUCAUCAGCUGGACACGCUAUUCAGCUAGAUCGUAGAUCCAUGGGGCUGGGUAUAGGGAUGAUAGGCGCUGUCGGAGUUGGUGUGGGAUUGGUGUUGUAA